CACACCAACAAGCUUCCCUGGUGGAAGAGGGGGCGAUUGCUUGGUCAGGAUGUCGUCCAUGGCCUUCUCCGACUUCGCCACCGCCGGCCUGGAAUUGAGAUUUCUCGCUCGCAGGGGGCUCGACCCGAUCGUUGUCUUCGUCACCGCUGCCGUCUCCUGCGCUCUCCUCUACUACACUCUCAUGACGUCUUCCCUCCGUUGGCCUCUCAGCUCUCCCAUGGGCGUGGCCGUCGAUGCCGCCGAACCCGCAGACCAAUUGGAGAUGAUUCUGAGGGCAGCAGACAUGGGGAACAAGACGGUGAUACUGACCACCUUGAAUGAUGCAUGGGCCGAACCUGGAUCGAUUUUGGAUCUGUUCCUCGAGAGCUUCCGCAUCGGCAACGGGACAAGCCAGCUUCUGAACCACAUGGUGUUCAUCACCAUGGACCAGAAGGCGCACGAGCGUUGCCUGUCGAUGCGUGGCCAUUGCUUCGAUCUCAACACCAAGGGCGCCAACUUGUCCGAGCAGAAGGACUACAAUACUCCCGACUACUUGAAUAUGAUGUGGCAAAGGUUGGAUUUCCAACGCCAAGUUCUCGAGAAAGGAUACAACUUCAUAGCCACGGACACAGACAUAUUGUGGUUUCGGAAUCCUUUACCACGCUUCUACGCGGAGGGGGACUUCCAGGUAUCCUGUGACAGGUUCUUCGGCAACGCCACUGAUCUGGAGAACUGGCCUAGCAAUGGAUUUAACUACGUGAAGUCCAACAAUAGAACCAUACCAUUCUUCAAGUACUGGUACUCAGCAAGGACAAAACAUCCUAACGAUCAUGAUCAGGCUGUGUUCAACUACAUCAAGCACGACGCGUUCCUCAGGGAAUUAGGGUUGACGAUUAGGUUCUUGGACACCAAGUACAUUAAUGGGCUCUGUGAGAUACGAAGCAGAGAUUGGAAUGCCAUUUGUACGAUGCAUGCAAACUGUCGUGUUGGUUUAAGCAGUAAGCUAAGUGAAAUGAGAGGUAUGCUUGAUCAGUGGAGGAAAUAUAUGUCCAACAAACACUGAAGGAGGACAAAUUUGCGUGUUGUCUCACGUAUUAUUGGGAUCGUUGGUAGUAUGGAAGUGAGGUAUCAUGUCUAACGUUUGACAAUAUUGUCUCGCAGAUUCUUUAGCUGCGUGUAUUACGCACUGGAAAAUAUUGUCUCACAUAUGAUUUAAAUCAUGAAACGCAGGAUAAGGCAGCACAAUAAAUGCAAGAUUGUCUUGUAAGAUGCAUCAUGCAUGAAACAAUCCCGGUGGUGGUGGUGGUGGUCAUCGUACUGUUUGUUUGUGUCAGAAAUGGUCAGGUGGCAAAGUUGACAUGACUCGACCCAAUAACGCCUGAAAACUAGAUGCCCCCUCCUGAAUGGUCAAGCCAAUAGUUCCUUCCUAUCUGCGGACUCAUCUUAAGCAUAGGAUCUUAAACUGUUGUGACGUGCCCAACAAUACUACUUUCCUGUUCAUAGAUGAAUGUAUGUUUGGAGAAGUCCUUCUUUUAUAAAUUUCGAAUUAAGACAUCGAUAGAGAAUAUUUUUUUUAAUAUCAUGUUGGUUGGGCAUGCUUGUAUAGUGCCCCAUCAUCAUCUAACCUUGACUAGAUGAUGUGAAUCUAGAUGAUGUCACAUCAU